UUCAUUUGACAUUUAUCCUUUAUCAUCAUGAAUAACUCGCGUUUAUUAAAAACAUUCCUCAUCGAGAAUGUUCUAUCGCGAAAAUUAAGUUCGGCAAGUGCUCAAGUGACAAAAAUCCAUCGAAAAGUCUACGCUCGCAUGUACCCCACGGUCCUGGUGCUCCCCGAUGGCUCCAGUGUAAAUAUAAGGUAUCACGAGCCUCGUAAAAUCAUCACACUGCCAUUAAAUUUGGCCACCCUGAGCGAGGCUGAAAGAAAAGCAAGACUGGAGAAACGUAAACCCAAACAGAAAGUCAAAAUCGUGGAAGAUCUAGAAGACAAUUUUAAUUCGAAUAAAUAUCUUAAGUAUAUUAAAAAAAAGUAAUUACAAUUUGUGUAAAAUAGC